GAGGCGGACACCCGGGCGCUCGCCCUGACCAGCAGCGCACGGGGCUGGGGCUACGACUCCGACGGGCAGCACAGCGACUCGGAUUCAGAGCCAGAGUUUUCUUCCCUCUCACCUUCCAUUCCAAGUGCCAUUCCUGUGACCGGGGAGUCCUACUGCAACUGUGAGAACCAGAGUGAAGCUCCCUACUGCUCCAGCCUUCACAGCCUCCACCGCGUCAAGGACUGCCGGUGUGGCGAGGAGGACGAGUAUUUUGACUGGGUGUGGGAUGACCUGAACAAGUCGACAGCCACGCUACUGACAUGCGACAACCGCAAGGUGAACUUCCACAUGGAGUACAGCUGCGGCACUGCUGCCAUCCGCGGCAACAAGGAGCUGGCUGAGGGGCAACACUUCUGGGAGAUCAAGAUGACUUCCCCUGUCUACGGCACAGACAUGAUGGUGGGAAUUGGGACAUCGGAUGUGAACUUGGACAAGUACCGCCACACAUUCUGCAGCCUGCUGGGCAAGGAUGAGGACAGCUGGGGACUGUCCUACACAGGACUGCUGCACCACAAGGGAGACAAAACAAACUUCUCCUCGAGGUUUGGGCAAGGCUCCAUCAUCGGGGUGCAUUUGGACACGUGGCACGGCACGCUGACCUUCUUCAAGAACCGCAAGUGCAUAGGGGUUGCAGCCACCAAGCUGCAGAACAAGAAGUUUUACCCCAUGGUGUGCUCGACAGCAGCCAAGAGCAGUAUGAAGGUGAUCCGGUCCUGUGCCAGCUGCACGUCCCUGCAGUACCUCUGCUGCUACCGCCUGCGCCAGCUCCUGCCCGACUACGUGGACACGCUGGAGGUGCUGCCCUUGCCACCGGGACUCAAGCAGGUGCUACACAACAAACUGGGGUGGGUCUUAAGCAUGAACUAUAGCACGUCGAAGCCUCCCUCCUCCUCCUCGGGAAGUGACUCAGACAGCUCCUGUGGCUCAGAUGCAGAGGCCUGCCAAAGGAAGAGGUGCCGGAGGACGUAAUGUCUCUGCAGAGGAACUGCUGUGAGGGACUCGGUAGGGUUUUGUUCCGCUGUCUGUGAGGGCUGCCCAGGCCCGAUGCGCCUCUUUCUUCACAGGGACAUCCACUUCUACUCGGUUGCAAAGGUUUCUCUGUUGGAAAUCUUUAGCCUAAAGGUCCAUCAUGUGCAUUGAAAAGCCUAUUUGACUCCAAGAGGUGUCAGCUCUAUGAACCAGGUAAACUGCAGCCAAAUAUCUGUGCUUCGUCUCCUGACUUGCUGUGAAAGCCAUCGCCUCU